AAUUAGAAAGCGACUUUCGGACUUGUCAUUUAGGCUGAAUCUAUUAUCAGAUACAAGAAAAACUGUCAAAAUGAACGUUUUUGUGUUAUGCCAUGGAAAAAUCCACUGAAACAUCGACAGUGAGAAGAGCCUCAGAUCUUCCAGUAAGUGCCAAAAGUACAGUGUCAGGUGGCCUUGUGCAUCACAUUGAGUCAAGUACAGCUAUUGUUAAGUUAACAGGGCAUCGUGUCAGGAAGCUCUCCGACACAGAUUCAGAUUUCACUUCAUCAGAGGAGGAAGAGAGAGACUACACAAUUACAGAGAUUGACCUGAAUAAGGAAGUGGGGCCUCCAUCAGGGCUCGAAGACACAGAACCACUCAGCGAUGAAGAUCGGGGGACAGUGACCGUGAAAAGUACAAACAACCUGGAACAGUUAGAUACACUACAGACAUUGGAACCUAAAGUCAAAGUCAUAGUAGAAGAGUCCAAACAAAAGUCAGAGCUGAAGAAGAUAUUUUCUGUGGACAGAUUCAAUCCUUUUGACAGAGAUUUACACAUGGAGGAGGACCAUUAUACAGAGGAAGUCAUACCAACUGUCAGUGAACAGGAUUUCAGAUUCAAGUCCAGUAACGGUUCUAAUGGCAGCUCUUGGACAGACAUUUCUGAUGACAAUCCAGACAUUACGAAUGCUGACCUCGGACUGGCAGAGGAUCACUUCUCUCACCCUGAAGGACAUUUUGGGCUGAGUAGCACAGAGGAGAUGGAGAUGGCUAUAGAGAAUUGUAAAGAUUUGAUUGGUCAAGCCCAGCCUCAUUCUGACCGACACAAAAAUCUUGUCCAGAAACUGGUUCAACUGAGACUGAAGCUCCAGGAGUUAAAGGAUGGCCCAGAACCUGUCCCUUUAGAUGUUAAGCUGGUGGUGGGACACAAAUUCCAGACCCAGGAGAGUCGAAGUACAAAGUACUACUGUGAGAAGUGUAACGCCAUGAUUCUGGGGGUCAUACAGAAAUGGUUCAAGUGUUCAGAAUGUGGAUAUAGCUGUCAUGAAAAAUGUCUUAAUACGAUAACUAGGAUGUGUGCCAGUCAGAAGGUGCUGGAGGUCCCUGAAUUCUGUCUUUCAAUUUGUCCAAACAGAGGUUUAUCUGCCCAGAACUACAGGUGUGCCGAAUGUAGGAAAGCCAUUUCAUUCCAGUCAGGUUUCAGUGAGCCUCGGCUUUGUGAUUACUCAGGAAAUUAUUUUUGUGAACUUUGUCACUGGAACAAUAUCAUGGUCAUUCCUGCCAGAGUUCUACAUAACUGGGACUUUGAACCCAGAAAGGUGAGUCGUGCCUCUAAACAGUUUCUGAAGCUGAUGACCUCUAAAGCCGUGAUGAGAAUCCAGGACGUCAACCCCAUGUUGUUCAACUUCGUAGAGGAACUAAAUGAUGUCAAGAAACUGCGAGAGGAGUUGUUGAUAAUGAAGAAGUACCUGUUGGUGUGCAGUGAGGCAAUGGAGAAGAAGUUCUUGUUGUUACUGAAGGAGCGGCAGCAUUUUGUGGAGACUUCUGAUAAAUACUCCAUGCAGGACCUACUGGACAUAACAUCUGAUACACUCCUCCCAGAACUGGCCAGUAUACAUACAACAUGGGCCCAACAUAUCAAAACAGAUUGUCAGAAGUGUCAGGCCAAGGGCUUUAUCUGUGAACUGUGUGACGACGAUGAGACCCUGUUCCCCUUUGACAGCAUUGCAGUGGUCUGUUCCCAGUGUUCGUAUGUACUACACAGACAUUGCUUUGCCAAGAGAGGAGCCCAGUGCCCCCGAUGUGAAAGAAGGAACAAGAGAAAUGUCAACUGAAAAAGAUAUGAGAAAUGUCAACUGAAGAAGAUUUGAGAAAUGUCAACUGAAGACAUGAGAGAUGUCAACUGAAGAAGAUAUGAGAAAUGUCAACUGAUUAAAGAAGAAACAAGAAAUAUCAAAUGAAGAUUUUAUCCUCAAGUCUGUGCAAUAA